CUGCAAUAUAGAUCAGAUCAAAAGCGGAUCAGAUAUACAUCUCGUUUUCUGUAAAGCAGCACCGUGAAGUUAACAGACAAGUUAAGAAAAAUCAUCAAGCUGCUGUCAAAAGACUUCUCUGGAUAGUGUGUAAAAUAAGACACUGCUUGCUGGCAAAUCAAGAGUUUCGAAACACAUUUGCAGGCUUGAGCUGUAGCCCCACGCCCAGUCUUCAUUACUAGGUCCCCGACCAGAUGCAGUUUUGUAAUAUGUCAAAUGAAAGCAACAGGAACUGUGAUAUUGAUCACAACAUUCACCAGUAUUUGUUUUCUGGGGUAUAUAUUAUUGUUCUAGCAGUAGGGCUACCUGCAAACAUCUUUUCCUUGCAUCAUGGCUGGCAGCAAUGGAAAAACAAGAAUGAGCUUGGAAUCUAUUUGAUCAACUUGACGGGGUCCGAUUUGCUGUACCUGGCUUCAUUGCCUUUGUGGUUGCAGUACAUCUUUUUGGGUGAUAACUGGAAGCACCAGGAGUGGCUGUGCAACGUCUGUGGAUUUCUCCUCUAUGAGAACAUUUAUAUCAGCAUUGGUUUCAUGUGCUGCAUCUCUGUUGACAGGUACUUAGCUGUGGUAUACCCCUUCCGGUUCCACUGUUUGAGAAGCACGAGAGCAGCUGUGCUGGUAAGCGUUUUUAUCUGGCUCAAAGAGAUCGGGGUCAGCAUUAGUUUAGUUGUGCACAAGGAACUCAGCCAAGACCAAAACAACCACUCAAUUUGCUUUGAGCAUUACCCCAUGAGAGACUGGGAGCGCAAGGUGAAUUACUACCGCUUUUUCAUUGGAUACCUGUUCCCCUUAUGCAUCCUUACAAUUUCUUACUUCAGAGUCCUGCGGGCAGUUAAUAAGAGCACUGGCACUGUGACCUCACAGAAAGUCCGCAUCAAAAGCUUGGUUUCUGGCACAAUUUUGAUUUUCUUGCUUUGCUUCUGUCCGUAUCACUUUUUUUUGUUGGUCCGGAUCAUUUUAGAGCAAGAGUGCUCAUUUGUUAAAAAGAUCUUUAACUUCUACCACGUCUCCAUUCUGUUGACCAGCUUCAACUGUAUCGCUGACCCCGUGCUGUAUUGCUUUGCCAGCGAGAACAACCAGAAAAAGGUACUAAGGAUGAAAAACUAUUGCAUGCAGCUUCUCGGUUGUAAAAAGGCAGAGAAUACAGACUUGACAGAAAACGACACACCGGAUCAGAAUGGAUCUGUUUUGGCCGUUAAAGCUGCUGCUUGGGGAGGUUCAGCAGACAGGAUCUUCAGUUUUAAAUCUGCUGGACAAAACAGGGACAAGCUACUUGUGGAAAAGAGCAUCAUCUGAUCCCACGACCAAGCCAAUUACCUCUUUAAACCCAGGAAGAAGAAAACACACUCUGCACCACUAUGUUGCCCAAAGACAUUUAUAUAUUUUUUUGAGAAUAAAAUGAAAAUGUUCACCAUGAAAUUGGAAGCUGCAAAGUUCAUUAGAAGACCGAUUUCUGUAUUGGUAAUUUUUUUUUUAAUGAUAUCUGUUGUGGCUGCCCAUGUAAUAUGACGUGCUGCCUGAGGUCGUUGUACAAGACUAGUGUUCAGGAGUCACAGUGAACUUUAAGACUUAGUCUAUAUAACCUAAUUUUCCUUGAUGUCAUAUCCUUGAGAGACGAAAAGACCACUGGCCACUACCUGUGCUUUCCUAUGAAACUAAAUGUUUCAUUUUUGUAAAUGUAUCUAAUGUUAAUAAAACAGUGAAUUUGUUUUUGUUUAUAAAAGUGUCUAAAGCCACUGUAUGUUGAGUAUACUGUUCAGGGGUGUCAGACUUAAUUUUAGCAAGGGAUAUGUUUAUUUCAUAGAGUAUUUGAUUUUGUUACUUUUGUUUUUAUUCAUGUUUGGGAGAAACCACACAGCAUGCACUAUAGCUCACAGGUAUUAUAUAAAAUUGUGUUGCUUCUGCUUCACUGCAGUCCCUUUCCAGACUAUUCAUGCAAUGCAAGCAGCAUCCCAUGAAAAGAAAAACAAUUCUACUGAAAUUCAGAAACUUCAAAUCCUGCCAUCCAUGGUUUAGUGUUUUCUGCUUGAUUGUGUUGUGGACAAUAAUGGUUGAAUGCAUAACAAUGCAACUAAAUUGCAUACAGCUGUUUGGCAAGACAAAUCUAAUGUAUUGGAGCAAAGAUAUGUAGAAACAUUAGUUUGAUAUCUUCCAACACAAUCUUUGUGGUAGUGGCUGUCAUUUCCUACUAGCAAAAAUAACUGCUUUUAGCUUAAGUACAAAUGUGCGAGAAGAACCAAUAUAUAAUGUUACUACCAAUAUAUUUGCAUGCAAAAACCUUCCUCUACUACAGAAAGACACAGCUUCAUGAAUCACAUUUUCAAACUUAAAUUAGGACAUCCUGGAUAAGCUCCCAGAUUCGCUCACCAAAUUUGAUGAUGUUUCAUGGAGCUUUAUGAUGAGAAAGUGCUCUGAAUGGAAGUGUUUCAAGACUGGUGUAGAGAAUAUAGAGUACUGGUGAUUUGCAUAUGUACUGUAGAUUUGCUGGGGAAAAGGGAAACAAAAACCCUACCUGUAAUCGGUUUGCAUUUCAUUUUCUCUGAACUGUCAUACUUUGACUGCUGCAUUAAAAUGUCUCCAACUGCCCCAGGCCCUCUGCUCACAAACAAGCCCUUGCUUUACAGCUGUGAACAGAGCUUCACAACACUACCAUUUUCUACAACUUGCAUGCACUUCUUAAAGCAAUAUGUUGGGUUUUACGAUUUUGUAAUAUAUUUAUAAAUGCUAGUUACAUUUACCUUUAUACAUCUAAUGUAUUAAAUGCUCUCAUGUGUUAUAUGGGUACU